AUUUUCCUACCACUGCUUCGUCAAACUUUCUGACUAAUUUUCACCCCGACCAAGAUACGACUGUAAUUAAAUCAUUAACCAAAAAACCAGUGACACUAUUAGGAAAAACGGUGUUGGAUGAGUUAGCGUGUGGGGGAACUGGUUUGUAUGCGAACACUGGACCGAUUUUUAACCCUUAUAACUCGGCUUGUUUGGUAGGCGGCUCUUCUUCAGGCUCAGCCGUAGUAGUGGCUAACAAUUUAGCAACUUUUGCCUUAGGUAGUGAUACGGGUGGCUCUGUGCGUCAACCAGCCGCUUAUUGUGGUAUAGUUGGUUUUAAGCCUUCUUAUGGGUUAAUUUCUCGUUUUGGACUUAUUCCCAUGGCCUCUUCCUUAGAUACAGUCGGGAUUUUGGCUAACUCGGUGAUCACUAUUCAAAAAAUUUUCCCUCGACUUGCUCAGCCUGACCCUGCUGACCUUUUGACUAUGGCUCGCCAGUUUGACCCUGCCAACCCCUCUCCACCAAAUAAAAAAGUAGUGAUUAUAAAAGGAAUAGAAAAUUAUUUGUCGCCUUCCUUUGUUCAAUUGUAUCGCCAAACACUCACUAUCCUCCAAAAAAAAGGUAUAAUUUAUGGCAAAAGAGCCAGUCAGCAGAGCAUCUCCCAUCUUAGAACAGACUGUUUAGGGAAAGUGGUGCGGGAACGAUUACUAAUUGGGGCUUAUUUUUGCCAAGAUAAAGCCAUGCGAGAGCAGGCUUAUCAUUUUCGGCACCAGGUCAAAAAGUGGACUGAGAAAGUUUUCCAACACUCGGACUUUUUGCUUUUCCCUAGCACUAAUAGUGAAGCACCCCCUAUUAACCAAGCAAGCUUCAUCUCUCUGGGUAGUAAAAACCAUUGGAGCGAUAAUUUAUUGCUUUUGGCGAAUUUGGCGGGCUUGCCUAGUUUAAAAAGCACACAACAAGAAUUAAUUACUUUAAAAGGUCGCCUUAAAAUGGGGGUUCUGUCGAAAGUUCGUCCCGACAACAACGAUAAAUAUUAUUACGUUCCUAUGGAAAUUAUCGAAGCCGAAAAGAACGGACAAAAAACUGAUAAUCGAAUGGAUUCGGUUAUGUUGAUUUUUUGGGAAAAGGAUUUUGUGGAAACCGAAAAAAUGCUGGAAAUUAUUGCUAAUUUGAAAGAAAAUCAAAUUAUUACGGCUCAUGGUCGAUUUAGAGGUCAAGAUAAUGGCUUAUUAAUAGUAAGAGAGUUAGAAACCGAGGAAAACGAAUCAGAUAUAUUU